AGGCGCAGAACCCGGAUGUUGUCAGGCUCAGGUCGGCGACCCUGCCAGCUUUCAAGAUGGCGGGCCGCAUUUGUGCCGACGGGCCAGAAGCCCACAAGGAAGUGCGCGGCGGAACUCCUCCGCCCGGCCCUCCUCCCACCGUCCGCCGCGGGCAAGAUGGCGGCGCUGAGGGCUUGUGCGGCCUGCGGGGCGUCACGGCCCAGGUGCUGCGGCCAGGGGCUGGGCCGGCUACCUAUUCGAGCCCAGCAGAGGUGCUCGGCAGUGGCAGCCCGAUGUGGAGUGGGCAGAGCAGUUCGGGGAGCCGUCAUGUACCCCACCAAGGAAACAGCCCACUGGAAGCCUCCACCUUGGAAUGAUGUGGACCCUCCAAAGGACACACUGGUGUCGAACUUGACCCUGAACUUUGGGCCCCAGCACCCAGCAGCCCAUGGUGUCCUGCGCCUGGUGAUGGAGCUGAGUGGGGAGAUGGUGCGCAAGUGUGACCCUCACAUCGGGCUGCUGCACCGCGGCACCGAGAAGCUCAUCGAGUACAAGACCUACCUACAGGCCCUCCCGUACUUCGACCGACUAGACUACGUGUCCAUGAUGUGCAACGAGCAGGCCUACUCGCUGGCCGUGGAGAAGCUGCUCAAUAUCCAGCCUCCGCCGCGGGCGCAGUGGAUCCGCGUGCUGUUCGGGGAGAUCACUCGGCUUCUGAACCACAUCAUGGCUGUGACCACACACGCCCUGGACAUUGGGGCCAUGACCCCUUUCUUCUGGAUGUUUGAAGAAAGGGAGAAGAUGUUUGAGUUCUACGAGCGGGUGUCCGGCGCCCGGAUGCAUGCAGCCUACGUCCGGCCCGGGGGCGUGCACCAGGACCUUCCCCUUGGGCUUAUGGAUGACAUUUAUGAGUUUUCCAAGAACUUCUCUCUUCGGAUUGAUGAGUUGGAAGAGAUGCUGACCAACAAUAGGAUCUGGCGCAAUCGGACAGUGGACAUUGGGGUUGUAACAGCAGAAGACGCACUGAACUACGGUUUUAGCGGGGUGAUGCUGCGCGGCUCCGGCAUCCAGUGGGAUCUGCGCAAGACCCAGCCCUACGACGUCUACAGCCAGGUGGAGUUCGAUGUCCCCAUUGGCUCCCGAGGGGACUGCUAUGACAGGUACCUGUGUCGGGUGGAGGAGAUGCGCCAGUCUAUUCGAAUCAUCUCGCAGUGUCUGAACAAGAUGCCUCCUGGAGAGGUCAAGGUUGACGAUGCCAAAGUGUCCCCACCUAAGCGAGCUGAGAUGAAGACGUCGAUGGAGUCGCUGAUUCAUCACUUUAAGCUGUACACUGAGGGCUACCAGGUUCCCCCGGGGGCCACAUACACCGCCAUUGAGGCUCCCAAGGGGGAGUUUGGGGUGUACCUGGUGUCUGAUGGCAGCAGCCGCCCGUAUCGAUGCAAGAUCAAGGCUCCUGGCUUCGCCCACCUGGCCGGUCUGGACAAGAUGUCCAAGGGACACAUGUUGGCGGACGUCGUUGCCAUCAUAGGUACCCAGGAUAUUGUGUUUGGAGAAGUGGAUCGCUGAGCAGGUCCUGCCGGCUCGGUCUCCUGUCUGUGAACUUCCUGUGCGGGGCCUGUGGUCGUUGGAGACGGGCUGCGUGUGCGUGCGUGUGCGUGUGCGUGUGCGUGAGCACUGGGCUGUCUGACUUUCUGUGCUGGGAAGCAGAAACUGUAAUAAAAUAGCCGCCUUCCGGCCCCGGUGCCGAAACUC